AUGGCUACAGAAUUUCUGCGUUGUCAACUUAGAAGAAGGCUCUUUGUUGUCAAUGGAAACAAGAUUUAUUUUGAAAAGAAAUAUAUCAGACACCUCUCCUCAGGAGAAAUCGCUACUGCACUUCGACCUUUUUAUUUUUCAGUUCACCCUGAUUUAUUUGGAAAAUACCCUUCUGAGAGGGCCAUAAAUGAAAGCUCUCUGCAAUCCUUGAGCUCUUACAUACAGAGUUUACAACAAAAUAAAUAUCCAAGACCCACAGAUCUCACAUUCUAUUUAAGGCCUCAUGGGACUGCACCAACAAACAAUGGCACCUUUAAAUCCGUCAAAAUAUCUCUAGGGCAGGCAGAUAUUAAAAAAACAGUUGUGUCGAUUCUUUCCAGCUGUAAUCUUCCUACCACAUACGUGGAUAACCUAACACCUAGUAAAAAAGAAAAUAUAAAUUUCAGACAGGAGUUCCGGACUAAGGCUUAUAAUUAUGAAGAACAAGGAGGCAACGGUAAUGGCCCCGAAAGAAACAUUAAAAAAGUCAAGACUGAAUCAUUAUCGGACUGGUUAUCUGAAAAUGCUGAUUUAUCAAAAGACAAGUUAUUAGCUCUUAAACCUGUGAGAGAGGAAGUGGUUCGCUUGCAGAAAAGUCUGUGUGAUAAACUCUUCUUGAAAGCUAUUCUUUGGGAAUGUGGCUGGAAUAUAUCACAUUUUAGAGGUUGUUUACUCGCUUUUCAAGCUCUUGCUCAACAUCAUGUUGAUGCUAUGACAGUUUUAAAGGGGAGGACUCUUGUGUUUGGUAACGAUACAGGAGUGAGCUUUGAUGGACAAAUUUUGUUGAACAUUUCUGAAGUUCGGAACAACUGGUUGGAUGUGCUUAAGAGGAUUAUCAAGUUAGGAAAAAGAGGUUUAUUGUGGAAGGAUAAAUAUUCCAGGACAAUUCAUAAAGAAUGUUGUCCGUGAGCAAGAUCUUGCUUUGAAGACUGUACCUAUGUUUGAAAAAUCUUUGUCUCGAGUACUAAGGGAUAUCCAAGUUGUAAGAAGAAAGUUUCAACCUCGAACAAUGGCAAAAACAUAUGAAGCCAAUUUGAUUCGAAUGACAACCCUACUUAGUGAUUAUCAGGGCAGAAGAGGUUACCCAAAAUCAUGGCCUGAUACCCUGGCAAAAUAUGAACUUGUUGUUGAAGCGGAAUCUGGUCCAAUGAUGGUCUCUCCUACUGGUCAGUUUAUAUUACCCUGUUCUUGUCCUGCAUUUUUGAUAGUCAAUUUUAUUAGUGAAAAUAUAAACAUUGCUACGGAACUCCUUGACAAGUACCAAAUCAUGAAAGAAGUUGAAAAAACAAUCUAUGAAGAAUGUAUCACUAAGCUAGGUCUUAUAUCUUUAAAAAAAGAUGAUUGCAUCACUCCAGAGCCUAUGAUAGCAUGUUGUUCGAAAUUGUUACAAAAUAGAAAAGAAUUGCGGCCUUUAUUAGAAGGAACUGCUCUUACUGUAACAAAUUACUACUCUGUUAUGUCAGAUGGUCAAAUAUGUAUUCCUUGGAAUUGGAAAAUAUGA